AUGUUGCAAAGCUGUGACGACAUCCUAUCUGUGUUCAACGAUGGUGGACCCGAGUAUAAAAUUCUUUCGAUGGAACUCAAAACGGAUCAAGGAUCAGUACCCGCUCUUGUACCAUUGGAUGGAUCGCAUGUGUUGGAUCAUGAAACAUGUGUAAAGCUUGCACGUUAUAUAACACCGUCUGUUAGCGCAAAGGACUUCUCGAAGGAAAAGAUUAUUGAACAUUCGGUCGAGAUUAAUGGAAACAAUGUUGAGGAUGGAGAGGAAGAAGGAGAGGUUUGUGCCAUUUGUUUGGUAGGAAUCAAGACGGGUGACGGCUUGGAACUGACAGAAUGCGAACAUAGGUAUCAUGAAGAAUGCAUUGAGAACUGGCUGCAGUUGAAGCAAAAUUGUCCAAUUUGUAGAGCGGAAAUAUGA